AUGAUGAGCCUGAUCGUAAGUGUCCUUGCAGAAGUUGAGGUUUAAGCUCCUCUUAUUGAUGUUCUUUCGCACUUUACUGAAAUUGAUUUGGUAAAGACAUGGUUUCCUCAGGUGACUGAGUGCAUGGUAUUGAAACAGGUUACUGAUUAUAGAGGACUUUAUUUUGUUUAGGCAGCAAUGCCUUGGCCAGUCUGGCCUCGUGAGCUAGUUUUCAAAGCAACAGGAAUGCUUGAUAAGAAGAAUAAGGGAAUUCUAAUUGUAGCACACUCAGCUUAAAAUGAUUCAGAUUUCUUUGAUUACUCAGUACCAGAGACAUCAGAGGGAUAUGUGAGAAUAGAUUUGAAAAGAUGCUUUCACUAUUUCUAGCAGAUCGGUCCAAACAAGACUAAGUACAUUUCAAUAACAAAUGCUGACCCUAAACUUACGUAUAUGCCUAAUUGGUUUAUGAAUUUCAUUACAACCAAAGUCAGUUAUCAAAUGCUAGUCUAGAUUUAAAACAGAUCAAGUCUUGUGAGUGAAAAUGAAUAUGGCAUAAGAAUAAAAGAGAGAGACCACUAUUACCAAAGAAUAAGAGACUUGAUUUAUACUUUAAAACAAGAUGAUUUGGAUGAAAAUUAAAUUCAAGAGGAGGAAAAGAAAGAGGAAAAUAAAGAUUCUGAUACAGAUGAGGAAAACUUCUAAGACGCUUAAUGA